AUGGCUCUCGCAACGCGUGGAUUCCAGACAACAUUCCAGGUGGAUCUGCCUGAUCGGCCUCAAACGGGGCCUUAUCACGCCCGGCGGGCACAUAAAAAGUCUCGCAAUGGGUGUACUGUUUGCAAGUCGAGGAGGGUCAAGUGCGACGAGCGAAAACCCGCCUGUCGAAGAUGUGAGAACUAUGGGGCUGAAUGCGUCUACCCACCAUCGCCAGCCUCGUCUCGAACGAGCAGCAGUCCGUUAAGUUCCAGCUCACAGCCAGACCGAACGCUUGUCUCGUUUUCCAUUUCCGACAUGGUGAACAGAGUUCGGGAUGCGGUGGGUGCGGACCUCGCGUUUGCUCCUCGCACCAUUGGCGACUAUGACGAGGUCGUCAACAUCGCGGUGACUUCGAUGGAUUUCUACCUAAAAUACUCGUCAAAUUCAGUGGCUACCCCGUCGAUUCAAAAGGUAAUGAGGGGGGAUAUGAUUCAUGUUGCAUUCGAUAAUCCAUAUCUAAUGUAUACGGUCGUCGGAUGUGGAAUCCUCCACAUGAACCGCAUAUCUCCAAAUAACGAAUCACGAGAAAUCGCCGAAGCGUACUUCUGGCAACGGGCUCUCCGAUUAUACUCCCAGGAACUACAGCAAAGCGUCAACGAGAAGAACGUAAGCGGGCUCCUAUCCGCGUGCAUGCUCAUGGGAAUCACAUCACUCGCCCCCCUAAGAUUCGAAAUCAAAGAUUCCUGGGUGUUUACCGGCGAACCCAGCGACCUAAACUGGCUAGCUGUCCAGGGCGGACUGGCUUGUAUUCUGAAGAUGGCGAAAAAGUACAUCCCCGGUAGUAUCUGGGGAACGGCCUUUGGACACAACCGCGACUGGGAGAAUCAAUUGUUCCGCUUUGAUAUCACGCACGGACGAGAGGGUCUACACCCCGAACUCGCAGAUCUGUGCGGGAUCAACGAUGAAUCAAACGAGGACAACUGUGUAUAUUGGUUCCCCAUCAAGCUUCUAAGUCCAUGUAUGGAGCUAGAGGCAAGCGCACAGAAUGCGCCGCAUGUUACAAACUGGAUGGGGAGGAUCUCUCCACAGUUUGUGAAUAUCUGCCGAGACCGCGAUCCGCGCGGCCUGGUUAUAUUGGCAUAUUGGAUGGGAGUCAUGUGCUCGCUGUCACAGUAUCAACCGUGGGUUGAGGGGCGGUCUGGAGGAUCCGGUCAUCCAGCCAUUCUUAGAGUUUCCGGCAGCAGCGUCUGGCUAUACCUUGCAGGCUAA